UCUCUUUUUUAUCUCAUUCCAACAAUCCAACGCUCCUGCUCCUUCUCCUUCUCCCGGAGGAAACAAACCCUAAUUGCAGAAAUGAAGAGGAAUCGGGGAGAUGCAGCGGAGGAAUUCGAUUAUGGAGAUGGAGUCUCAUGGGUGAGAGGCCCUUUGAUCGGCAAAGGCAGUCACGGUUGUGUCUUCCUCGCCAAUCCCAGGAAGAAGAUGAAGAAAGGCGGCUGCUUUCCCUCGGUCAUGGCUGUCAAAUCCUCCGAGGUUUCUCUCUCUGCUACUCUGCAGAAAGAGAAGGAAACUCUCUGCAAUCUACAGGGUUGUUCCAGCGUUUUGCAGUGCUUCGGGGACGAGGAAACCUACAGUGAAGAUGGGCAGCAGAUGAUCUACAAUUUGCUUCUGGAGUACGCCCCCGGAGGAACUUUGGGUGCUCUCAUCAAGAAGCACACCGCCGUCGCUGCUCUCAUUCCCCAAUCUGAUGUCAGGGCCUACGCUAGGGCUCUUCUUCGCGGCCUUCGUCACAUCCACGCUCGCGGCUAUGUUCAUUGCGAUUUGAAGCCAGACAACAUUUUGCUUUUCCUUCCCAAUUCUGGUUCCGCUGUUGCUAAAUUUGUGCCGAAGAUUGCAGAUUUUGGGCUGGCGAAGCGGACGAGCAAACAGGGUCCUUGCUUCAGAGGGACUCCAUUGUAUAUGUCGCCCGAAGCUGUUGUUCGAGGCACACAGGGGCCUCCUUCUGAUGUUUGGGCUCUUGGCUGUGUUGUGCUUGAAAUGUUAACUGGGAGGCCACCGUGGGAUGGUGCCGCAUUUUUAGACCGCGAGGGUCUUCUCUCUAGGAUUCGCACUCCAAAUCAAUUGCCAAAAGUUCCGAGUACCUUAUCCAAAGAAGCCAGCGAUUUCUUGAAAAAAUGUUUUGUGAGGAAGGCUCCGUUCAGAUCCACCGCUGAAAAACUUUUGACUCAUCCAUUCGUCGCUGAAUUAGACUGCAAAGAUGACGAACCAGAAACUAAUGGUUUUGAGGAGGAGGAGGAGGAGGAGGGCGAAGAGGAGGAGGAAGAGGUCAUAUACCCAGUAGAGGGGUUGUCCGAGACAGUGACAGAGACAGAUGAUGAGUAUUCUUCGUUUUCCUCCGAUGAUCAGAGUUACAGUUCUGAGGAUUUCUUCUCUUCUUCUGUGUCGGAAGAAGUAGUUUUCCCAAUUCUUCCUGGUAAAAAGUAGUGCCCAUGACAGCUGCAAAGGACUUUUGGGGUUUAGAUUUUGAUUUUUGACACUCUUUUUUCUUCUAUUCUCUUAGGUCAUGUUUGGUUUGCAGAAUGGAAUGGGGUAGGAAAGGAACUAAAUGAAAAUCUGAAUGGUGAUCAUGACUAAUUGAAGUCAUAAUUUCAAUUUUAUUCCACCUGAUUCCAUUCUAUUCCUUCGUACCAAAUAUGUAGUUGAUUGUUUCAGAUGACUAUAGAUAUAGUACAUAUAUGCAACUGAUGCAUAAGUUGGAGUUGUUUUGCUCCAGGUGGUGGUCAAAUCCAUGCUUUUUUGUAAAGAAGGUUGAUGAAUAAGAGAACAAUUGACUUGUCAUUUUAGC